AUGAUUCUUCAAUCUGGUCAUGCAGUCCCAGAAGGCGCCCUCAAAGCGGCAUGUGAGGCGAACUGCGAGGAGAGUGUUAACAUAUUGGUGAACGAUUACAAAUGCUUCAUUGGAUAUGGAGUGCUCAAACUCGCCAGUUUGCAUCCUAAUCAGACCAUUUCAAAUGUCAUUGUUCACGGGUUGAUUCAUCGCAGAAGGCAAUUACAGGCACUUGCAGAGGAACAUUUACCAAAAAGUGUCCGAGAUCAAUUACGCAUCGAAUCCUCAAGCCUACUAAAUAUCCACGCUUAUGAAGCAUACAAACUAAUUCAAACAACUUCUAUGUGCCUAGAAGGUCUUCUAGAGCACUAUAGAUGGUCGGUCUUUGACUGCAUUGGUGUCAAUUUUGAUUUGGCUGAGCGAUUAUGGAGUGCUGGCUUCCGAGACGUGGAUGAAAUCGAUCGUGAUAAUCAGACGUGUCUGACAAAAGCUUGGAGAACAACACCACCAUGUGACUUAGAAGUCUUCCUGCAAAAGAUCAAUUGGCUGAUCGGCAAAGGCGCUGAUCUUCAUCACCAAAACUUAUCUGGAUCGGCCUUGCAUGAAAUAGGAAAUAACGUGGGAUCAAUUCUGUACUGGAUGAAAGAAGACAACUUGAAACACUCAUUAUGGAAAAUUUAUUCGCUGAGUGAACCUUCAAAGGCUUUAUUGAGAACAAUUCUUUCUUGCAAUACUCGAGAUGAUUGCAAAUGUGCCUGUUCUCUAAAUGGAUGUUCUCCAAUGACGACCCUUUUGAGCGGACUUUUGCCCACGCGAACUGACCAUGAUACUGCGGCCAAGCUCAUUCAUCUGUUUGCUGAAUUAUUGAUUGUUGUUCUCUUUCCUUCAAAACUCGAGCCCGAGCUUGAUGAGGCCUUAAAGAACCAUUUGAGUAUUGGCAUCAUCCGCUUCAUUACAUUCAAAAGCCUGGAUAUCACUCAUACCUGCUUGUAUGAAUACAGAAAAUUUGAGCCAGAAGAAAUAAAGGAGAUCCAAGACGAAGAAAAGCUCUUGAUAUUCGACCUCGAGAGGCUAUUGGCACGGUUCCUCGAAGAAUUGAAAAUGCGUCAAGUGCAACUUCCGAGCUACAUAACAGGCUUGUGGCGGACUAACAUGGCUUCAUUUCUAUCAACAUCAAGACCUCAUAGUGCCAAAGAAAUUACCCAUAUUCUUGAGUUGGGAGUUAUUCUUGAUAGCCACGAGACACAAGACGGGGAGACUUUUUCAUCCUAG